CACAGUUAAUAACCUGUUCGUUCAAGCUCUUAAUUAAUUUAGAAGCUAAUUGAGGUAUGCAUUUCUUUUAUAGCUUCCCUUCUUAAUAAAUUUCUUUGACCCACAAAAAACCCAGAUUCUGAUUGUGGUCUAAGUAGAAUAGAAAAAUCGUUUCCUGUAUUUGAAAUUGCUUUGCAGUUAAGUUGAAGGCCUUCUAGUUUCCAUGCCUUUGUAUCACCCCCGUCCCUUUCUCCAAACAACCAUAUGUAGAAUCAUUUUUUUAUGCUCAAGACAGAGACUAUAAAGUAUAGCAAGUGCUUCCACAUCGAGACCAGAGCUGUAACUGUUCUUCCUUUGCAUCAUAAUAACUCAAGUCUCCUUGAUAGAUAGCUGCACCACCCUUCUCCAAUGCAAGAAAUGGCAGCUAUUGUCACAUAUCUAGUCAUCUUUACUGUCAUCUCCAGCGCCCUUGCAUCUGAUCCUGACAUGCUUCAAGACCUCUGUGUGGCUAAUACUCAUGCAGGAAUUAAAGUGAACGGGUUUACAUGCAAGGCUGAGGGAAAUGUUACUGAAGCUGAUUUUUUCUUUGACGGUCUGGCCAAACCAGGAAAAGUGAACAAUUCAGUAGGAUCACUUGUAACAGGAGCCAAUGUUGAGAAAAUCCCAGGCCUAAACACACUAGGCGUGUCACUGUCACGUAUUGACUAUGCACCUGAUGGCCUUAACCCGCCUCACACUCACCCCCGAGCCACCGAAAUGAUCUUUGUUUUGGAAGGUGAAUUGGAUGUUGGAUUCAUCACCACUGCAAACAAGUUGAUCUCAAAGACUGUCAAGAAAGGCGAGGUCUUUGUGUUCCCCAGAGGUCUAGUUCAUUUCCAGAAGAACAAUGGCGACAAAGAAGCCUCUGUGAUUGCAGCAUUCAAUAGUCAGUUGCCUGGUACUCAGUCCAUUGCCAUGACAUUGUUUACUUCAACCCCAGCAGUUCCUGACAAUGUCUUGACUAAAGCUUUCCAAGUUGGCACCAAGGAGAUUGACAAGAUCAAAACCAAGCUUGCCCCCAAGAAGUCCUAAUUUUGUUUCUUUUUUUAUAAAAAAAUUAUCUAUUUCAUAUUGUGCACGAUGAAGUCUCUAUGGUAUUGAUAUUACUCUC